AUGAACAGUCCCCCCUACUCUUCAAUGGAAGAUAUGUGGAACGACAUACCCCGACAAGCAUGGCGAUCUUUUCGCAAAAAGAUAGGUCUAGCAGCAUCUACAGACGUCCAAAUCAUGAGCGAGCUAGUCAAAAAGCUCCUUUCUUUGAGCAAAUCCGCCGCCCUUCCAUUCGUCGUAAUAAGCUACCCAGGAAUUGCGGCACUUUACAAAGAAGACAUCAACGAUGUAGCAGAAUACCUAGGUCUUCCAAAACUCACGGGGCUUUACAAAUACCAUCCGUGGGAAGCUUACGCUGCUUAUGCGGGACACGGGCUAGGAUUAUGUGAGCACUUUGAGGACAAGGAUCGAUGCAAGGAGGAGGGAAACCAACUACCGGUGCAUGAAACACUCUUGGUUGAAUAUACCGAUCAAGCUAUCCUACUGCACACAACACCUUUACAGACAGCAGUUAGUGUAGAUUGGGGGUCCGCUGAUCUUCAUGCAACAGCUUCUUUUGAAUUGGGUGCCAAUUCACGGGUCGUUAAACAUGCGUUGCAUGUGGCAGAAUUUGUUUAUCAGUUCUUAAGUACGUGGUAUAAUGGUCUAAUCCUUCCUGAUGAGCUCUUGGUUAUCAUGACGGGGAUUGUGGAUGAGGCUAUAGAAGAGGCCAUUCGAGAGGCGGUGGGGAGAGUAGUACCAAAGGCUCAACUACUUGCGUCUGAGUCUGAGUUUAUUGCAUCAAGGGGAUCUGCAGAACUUGCUUGGAGAGUGAAUAUUAUGGAAUUUUUUUGA